UGACAAUCAUGAAGAGACCCAUGUGUUAGCUACAACCUUUGAAAGCCCCACAAGAAGGAAACCAACGGUGUGGACAGAGCUGGAACUAUUGCCACACUUGCGGGAGUAAAUGAGGAAUGGACUUAUGAUUAUGCUGACAUUUCAGCAUGAAUCUGGUAGACCUGUGGUUAACCCGCUCCCUCUCCAUGUGUCUCCUCCUACAAAGUUUUGUUCUUAUGAUACUGUGCUUUCAUUCUGCCAGUAUGUGUCCCAAGGGCUGUCUUUGUUCUUCCUCUGGGGGCUUAAAUGUCACCUGUAGCAAUGCAAACCUCAAGGAAAUACCCAGAGAUCUUCCUCCUGAAACAGUCUUACUGUAUCUGGACUCCAAUCAGAUCACAUCGAUCCCCAAUGAGAUUUUUAAGGACCUCCAUCAACUGAGAGUUCUCAACCUAUCCAAAAACGGCAUUGAGUUCAUUGACGAGCAUGCCUUCAAAGGAGUAGCGGAGACCUUGCAGACUCUGGACUUGUCUGACAACCGGAUUCAAAGCGUGCACAAAAAUGCCUUCAAUAACCUGAAGGCCAGAGCCAGGAUUGCCAACAACCCCUGGCAUUGUGACUGUACUCUCCAGCAAGUGCUGAGGAGCAUGGCAUCCAACCACGAGACUGCCCAUAAUGUGAUCUGCAAGACGUCGGUGUUGGACGAACACGCGGGGAGACCCUUCCUCAAUGCUGCCAAUGAUGCUGACCUUUGUAACCUCCCUAAAAAAACGACAGAUUAUGCCAUGCUCGUCACCAUGUUCGGCUGGUUCACCAUGGUGAUAUCGUACGUGGUCUACUAUGUGAGGCAAAACCAGGAGGAUGCCCGGAGACACCUCGAAUACUUGAAAUCCCUGCCAAGCAGGCAAAAGAAGGCAGAUGAGCCAGAUGACAUUAGCACUGUGGUCUAAGUUCCACACUGACCACCUUGGAGGAAGGAAACAUUUGGCGAUUGCCAGUAGAAGACAUGGUUUUACUUAGCCCAUUCAUGAUAAACAUUUAAAACUUUGUAUUUCAGUUCCUUUUGAAUCCCAUCACUGUUGAACUUUUCACAAACAUGUCAACAUCCCAGUUUUAGUUUAGGUGAUCUAUUCUUCCCUCCCCCAACUCCCUCCCUCCUUAGUUGUAACCCUGGCAGUGUAUUCCUAAGUAAGCUACUAUUUGGUCGUUAGUUAGUCCCAUCUCACUAUUUAAUAAUGAAAUUUAUUUUUUUAAU